GGCGCGAACGCGCCGCGACGCGCGCUGCGCACGAUGCAAUUUGGCAACCGGGCUGCGCCAUGUUCAACGCUCUGGGCCGAGGGCGGAAUGCCCAAUGGAUAACCGAAGUCGAUCCAACUCGCGUUUCGCGGCGCUCUGGCGGCCGUUGCCCGCUCGGGAGCACAUCGUUUGGUGUCUUCGAACACGUUCGAAGACUGGGAACCGCUAUCUGGCGUGUACGUGGAUGGCCCGACGGAUAUGUACGGCCAACCGGACGAUCGUCUACCCAAUGGACAUACUAUCCUCCUGGUGCAAUUCCGAAAGGUGGCUUCGAGCCGCACGUAUUUGGAGUAUGAUUCGCUCUCGGAGGGCAUGGACGGCCUGUGCCAGCUGUACGAGCAGGCGCUGAAGAUGCAGCACGCCGACAAGGCCACGGCCAAGUAUUCCCUGGAGGAAUUGUGGCAGUUCGUCGACGAUCUGCAGGACAUCGUCUGCCUCAUCCACGAUGCGCGCGGGGGCGACUAUCUGCCGCAUGGCCGCGCCUGGAUCAAGAAGCAGGUGCUGAAUCAUCUGAAAGGCCAGCUGCCAGCUCUUCCGUAGGCCUCCUUGCGCGAACCGAUUGCCCAGCCUAACGCUGGCCGAGACCCGCGAUGAGUCUCUGCGGCAUGCGGCAUGGAGCAAGUCAAGGGUGCCCCGCUGCUUGCAUGACAGCAGAGCUGGUGUAGCCGUCGCUCGCUGCCGCUGUCAUCGUUCUCACCAUGUUGGAGUUUCUGGGCUGCUCCCGUCAGAGAGGUCCUAUUCUGGAGUUGCCCCGGGCUGCAGGCGGGUGCCCGGGGGGCAGUGUCGCUGUCGGAAUGGUUCCCACCCGAGAGGGACUGGCGCCUCGAGGCGCUCUCCAGGCUGUGAGAGAGGGCCCCUGCCCGUCUGGCCUCGGGGGGCUCCUCACAGGUCUGUGUUCGG